AUGGACUCGAUUAUCUCCUCAGCUCUUGAAGAAACUGCUUCCACGGCAAACAAAUGGGUGACACAAAGUCAACUUGCAAAGGAAUUUGGUAUUGAAGGGAAGAACUUCUUUUACAUAUUAAAGAACCUUGAAUGCAGAGUGAAGGGGAAUUCAAAGACAAUACGCAAAGCGUUGGGCUCUCAACAGAGGUUUGAGAUUAAUAAAGAAAAACAAACAGUUGAAAAUUUUGGGUAUGAUGAUGAAAAUGUUCCAGACGACGAUGGUUUUGCUUUAGAAAAUGCGAAAGAUAAUGUUCUUGUGAAUGAUUAUCUACCUGCAAUGAAAGCUGUUUGUGAUAAACUAGAAGCGCAAUGGAAAGGUCAAUUAUAUUCAGAAUGUUAUAUUAAACGAGACUUAGGUUAUACAAGAUCCUCUGGUCAUAAAGCCUGGAGAAAUAUCUACCGCAGGUUAAAAGAUGCUGGUCUUGUUGAAGAAUUGCAUGCUGUUGUGAAUGAAAAGGUGAUGUAA